GCAAGCUUAGUUGUGUUAUCGCACCGCUUGGGCCUGAAGGAAAGCCGAUGUUUGCACAAUUGGAACAUCCACAGAACGCGUGUACUUAGCAGACAGUGUCAGCAAGUGGUAGAGAAUGUAAAGGCUUGGUGUUUACGGACUUGGAUUAACAGCGCACCAAUAUCAGGCUGCUGUGAUCACGGCAGUAUGCUUGGGGUGCUGAAGGAGCUGAAGUCCUGGGUGAAAGUGAGCCGUCGAUCCUCAGAUCAUGUCUCUGUGGACACACUUGUGUCUGCUCUGCAUCAUCGCAUCACAUUCGCCAUGCUUCUUAUAUGUUGUGCCCUGUUGACCAGUCGCCAGUACUUCGGGGAUCCUAUCCUCUGCAUACAAGACAGUUCAGAUGAUGAUGCAGCCAUCCCCAACAAUGUGCUCAAUACGUACUGCUUUGUGACCAGCAGCUACACCGUGGUGGGCCCCACAGGCGAGACGUGGCAGGGUCAGGGUGACGCUCAGCGUCGCCAUGCUUACUACCAAUGGAUGCCCUUUGUGCUGUUUCUGCAGUCACUUCUGUUCGCAUCGCCACAUGCAGCCUGGUGCAAUUGGGAGGGAGGUCUGGUUCGUGGCUCACUGAUGGGACUGAAGGAUGAGGUCCAUGGUCCCAACAGAGAUAAACUGCGGACCCUGGCACGCUAUUUUGCUGCCAGACUCCAUACAUUCCAUAUCUGGGCUGCAGGCUUUUACGUAUGUCAGCUGCUGAAUCUGCUGAAUGUUGUUAUCAACAUGUUCUUCACUGACAAACUUCUGGGUGGCAAUUUCUAUGAGUAUGGGCUGCAGCUGAGACAGUAUGACCUGCAGACAUUGGAGAGGUCACCUACUGAUGUAGUGUUUCCCAAGCUGACCAAGUGCCUAUUCCGGAAAUACGGUCCAUCAGGGACAAUCCAGAUUCAUGAUGCUCUGUGUGUCAUGGCGUUGAACGUUGUCAAUGAAAAGAUAUUCAUGGUAUUAUGGUACUGGUUUGCACUGCUAGCCCUGGUAUCAGGCCUGGCCCUGCUCUGGCGAUUGUUGAUCCUGGGUCUGCUUGUCUGUGCUUCUGCUCAUAGCCACAGCUUCAUGUCGGUCUUAGCACAAAGAGCUCUUGGCACUCCUGUCACAUUGGACCCUGUAUACCUGUCCCCUGUGACACAGAGGCUAGACUGUGGCGACUGGUUAUUCCUACAGCUGCUGGGAGCCAACAUGGGCACCAGGGUAUACAGAGAGUUUAUGGAGCAACUUGUCCAAGCCAUGGAGCAAGCGAAGCAGUCUGAUUUGCAGCCCCUGUGGAACAGCUGAGAUAAGCAAUAUGAUGUACAAUUAAACACGAUUUCUUAACGUUGACAAAGUAACUUAACAGGAAUGCACACUGAAACAAAUAUUGUAACCUUCCUCAUGUCAAGAUCUUCAGUUAAGAUUUUCCUGUUUCUCUGUCAAUGAUCACUUGCUCCGCUAUGCUCCUGACAGUCAGUCGUAUUAUUACAUAUCAUGGUACCAUAAAAGCUUUCUUUCGUUGUAAAAUAAGGAGAGUUAGUUAAAAUGCUAUUUGUAUUAAUAUUCAUAAAUAUCUGGUUGGUCCUAUUAUUGUAUGUAAGAUAAUUUCAAGCAGACACUUAUGUUAUUAUUGUUUAUGUGACAUCACAAGUGCCACAAUUUCCAGGCUAAGUUUAAUUGAAAACUUUAAAUUGAUUCGAAAGCCAUAACACAAAGCAUACAUCAUCCAUAAGUAAUCAUUACUUUUCCCUUCAUAAAUUGGCUUUGAAAUUAUUAAAAAAUUUGUUAAUUUUUUUCUUAUUGUUCUUCAAAGUGCUGUAGUCACCUGUUUUGAUGUAUUCUGUCCAAUCCUUUUAUAAUAAGCUUAAUAUAAGCAAUACU